AUGAAUUUUCUGUGGUUUGCUUCAUUGAUUCAUGUGGCUACACAGUCACCCGUUUUGCUGGACCAGUCUCGCCGAACGGUCGCACAGCUAGACCAGUCAGCCUUCGAUGAGGCGCAGCAGCCCGAUACCAGUGCGACCAAGGCGUUUGCGAGUACUCUUAUCAAGACGGCAGAUGAUCGAUGUUUAUUUGUCGACGAGCUUUCAGGGGAUUUCAGAGCAAAUCUCACCCCAGUUCAAAUCGCCGAAUGUGGCUCUACAGACGGACAAGAAUGGGACAUCAUAACUAACGGAAAACACAACAAUGUGCCCAACUCGAUACUCGUCGUCAGCACUCUGACCAAUGCUUGUCUCAACUUCGACCCAAGGCGACCUGCUGGGAACCAAGUUAUUCUGUUUAGCUGCGGAGGACGAGCCGACGGUGGUGGCGACGUGACCGAUUCUCAGUUGUUCCCUUUCAAUGGUGGCGCCGGCCCUCUGUCCUUAUCGCCAGAGAACGAUCUCAACUCGUGCCUCACUGUCUCGGAUGAGGUCAUUGAUGUAGCCCCAUGCCAAGCUGGCGACCUGCAUCAGCUCUUCAAUUUUGGUGAUAGCUUGUCCCUCGAGCCCAAUUCUACUUCUACUGGUGUGGUGAACACUCCCGCUCCCACCUCUACAUCAACCAACCCUACUUCAACAAGCCUGGGUCAAGACACCGUGACAGCCACCACCAAUGGUGGCAGCGCAACAGUAACUUCCGCACCGACAAGCAGCGCCAGCGUUGGAGGGAUAGCCAAUCCUACAGAAGCUGUUCCCGUAUCAGGUGCAGGAGGUGUGUUACAACCAUCGGCUGUCGCAGAAGCGCAUCAGCGCGAUGAUACCGCAACGCGCGCCUUCGAAUCUAUCAGCAUUCAGUCGUCUGACGGACGUUGUCUUUUCGUUGACCCGACUGCGGGGGAUUUCCGUGAAAAUCUCAUCCCAGUGUCUCUGGUGCAAUGCGCUGGCACACCCAAUGAGAAGUUUGAUGUCAUUACUGCUGGAAAGCACAACAAUGAAGAUGCUUCUGCGCUUAUCGUCAGCAGCUUGAUGAAUGGGUGCAUUAGUUUUGACGGCCGUCGUGAGGCUGGAGAUACCGUCACUAUUUUCUCUUGCGGGGGUAGGGCAGACGGAGGCGGCGAAACCAACAACGGCCAAUUAGUUCCAUUUACCGGUGGUACGCAAUUCGCUCUCGCACCUGUGAGCGAGCGUAAUGCGACAUGCAUCAUCCCGGGAAGCGACCGCCUUGACUCGACACCUUGCACAGAUGAUGAUUCGCAACUCUUCAAAGUAAUAACAUGA